AAGGCAGUUUCAGACACGCCCGCCGGCAAGCUUCAACGCCAGCUUCAACGCAAGCUUCAACGCAAGCUUCAACGCCCGCCGGCAAGCUUCAACGCACGCCGUUAGAGGACCCUCACUUACCCCCCCAUUCACCUCUCCCCCCCAGGUGGUCCUGAGGUUCACGGACUUUAAGCUGGACGGGACCGGGUACGGAGAUUACGUGAAGGUGUACGACGGUCUGGAGGAGAACCCUCGCCGCCUGCUGCGCGUUCUGACCGCCUUCGACUCCCGGGCGCCGGUCGCCGUGGUUUCCUCCUCCGGACAGCUGCGCAUCCAUUUCUACGCCGACAAGAUCAACGCCGCCAGAGGCUUCAACGCUACCUACCAGGUGGACGGGUUCUGCCUGCCCUGGGAGGUUCCCUGCGGGGGGAACUGGGGAUGCUACACUGAGCAGCAGCGCUGUGACGGUUACUGGCACUGUCCGAACGGACGGGACGAGCUGAACUGUUCUUCUUGUCAGGAGGAUGAAUUCCCCUGCUCCAGAAACGGCGCGUGUUACCCUCGAUCGGACCGCUGCAACUACCAGAACCGCUGCCCCAAUGGAUCCGACGAGAAGAACUGCUUCUUCUGCCAGCCCGGGAACUUCCACUGCAAGAAUAACCGCUGUGUGUUUGAGUCGUGGGUGUGCGAUGCGCAGGACGACUGUGGCGACGGCAGCGAUGAGGAGAGCUGUCCAGUGAUCGUUCCCACCAGAGUGAUCACUGCUGCUGUCAUCGGGAGUCUGAUCUGCGGUCUGCUGCUCGUCAUCGCGCUCGGCUGCACCUGCAAACUCUACUCGCUGCGCAUGUUCGAACGCAGGUCCUUCGAGACGCAGCUGUCCAGGGUGGAGGCGGAGCUCCUGAGGAGGGAGGCCCCGCCCUCUUACGGUCAGCUGAUAGCCCAGGGUCUGAUCCCGCCGGUGGAGGACUUCCCAGUGUGCUCUGGGAACCAGGCGUCGGUUCUGGAGAACUUGCGGCUGGCGGUCCGCUCUCAGCUGGGCUUCACCUCCCUGAGGCUGCCCUCCUCCGGUCGCCAUAGCAACCUGUGGCGCCGCCUGUUCACCUUCCCGCGGUCCCGGCGCUCCGGAUCUCUGGCGCUGGUUUCGGCUGACCUGGAGGACGGAGGCAGCUCCAACAGCUCCGACCUGCUGAGCCCCGACUCUGACCCCGAGACGGAGGGCGAGCGAGGGGG